AUGGUGGUCAAGGCGUCGGAGAUCGCACCCGUUGCAUACGCUGAAGGAACGACAAGCACAGUAGAGAAAGAAGAUGAUUUAACGUACGAUUUGGGCAAUUUAGCAGCAUUUGAUACGCAUCCAUUUGUGUAUCAAAACGAAAAAGAAUUGGCACUUCAUGCUCGGGAGAAUGUCCAACUAUUAAUCAAUCGCAUUUUUGAGUUGCCACGCGUCAUGUCGGACAUGGGUCCACUAGCACAACUGCCAGAACCUGAAGUUGUCAUUCCUCGUGAAAAACCAUUGCCAAAGCCUAAAGUGGAGACAAAAUGGGAGAAAUUUGCCAAGGAAAAGGGUAUUGAAAAGCGGAAGAAGAGUCGCAAAGUCUUUGAUGAAGAAAAAGGAGAAUGGAGUCAUUCAUGGGGUUAUCAACGUGCUGGUGACGAUUUGAAGGAUUGGGCUGUUGAAAUGAAAGCUGGAGACAUGGAAGAUCCGUGGACGAAACGCAAGCAAGAAAAACGAGCUCAAGUAGACAAGAAUGUUCGUGCCCAGAUGAAUAAUAAAAAUCAAGGACGUGGUAAACAACUUGCUGGUCGCACACCUACUGGUAUUCCAGUGGAAUUAAUGAAUACGGACGAUGUCAAGGCGAAACAACGUGGCAAAGAUGGCACGUCCAAGACAUUGGAAAAAGUGCAGUUUUCAACAGCUUCUAUGGGUAAAUUUGACAAGAUGCGUGAAGGCGAAGCUGAACGAAAAGUGAAAGGCAAACGCAAUCACUUUUUGCCGACGACAGGAGCUGAAGCAACGGAGAAGGAACGAAGUAUGAAUAUACUGAAGCGUGUAUUGGGAAGAGAAGAGAAUGAUGGCAAGAAGAAAGGAAAGUUGGAAGAAGAAGAUGAAGAUGGGAAGAAACGAAAGAAGAAGGGCAAGAAAUUGAAAAAUUUCACAAAGGGAGCGACGAAGAAACGACGGACGAAGUAA